UUUAUUGUUUACAAAACACAUUUCAUAUUAAAAAAAACUUUAUAAUACCAUUUUACACAAAAUAUACACAGUUUAAAGAUUAGUAUCUACGAAUUUAAUAAUAAUUAAGUUUAGCUAAUAAAAAUACGCACUUAUUUGAUCUAAACCAUAAGAAAUUCUCAAAGAAGUACCUAAUCAAAAACCGAUGAUAUACACCAAGCAAGAAUGGUUCACGCCAGCUGAAGUGGCGAUACAUAACCGAGCGGGCGACUGCUGGGUUUCCCUCAACGGGAAGGUCCGAAACCUGACCUCCUGGCUUGAAGAACAGUUCAGGCUAUGCAAGUGCACCAAGGUUUGCUCAUGCGCCGUGAAGAAUUGGUACUGCGGCGAUGAUUGUGUGGAGUACUGCAACUGCUUUAAGCGAGGUUAUGCUUAUUGUGAUGCUAAAAGACUAGCGAUGACUGUCCUCGCAUACGCCGGCAAAGAUGUCAGCCACUGGUUCAAAGGAGACGACUGGGUCCAUUAUAUACACCCUAUCGUAGCAUCUAGAACAGGGUACCAUCAACACGGACACGGUAUUGAUCGCCCGGUGGUACCUUCGACCCUUUGGAGACCCAUCACUAACCCAUGGUGGCUGGAUGAGAGCAACGUUGAGGGAAAGUUGACUGAGCGGACCAGGCCGAUCCGAAUUACGAAUACUUUGACGGGUUCAAGCGAUACCCUAGAAGUAUGCUCCGAAGAGACAAUAUAUCAGAUCAUGAUGCGCUACCUGCCCCACAACUCGCACAUGUUGUCUUAUACCUGGCGGUACCUUGGGCGCGGGAUCGAUUACACCAAGACCCUUGCGGAGAACGGCAUUCCUGACGAGAGGGACCGCUUCAGCGACGUGGCGUUGCCUGAGAACCUGCACAUACCUGAUCUGCUUCUGUAUUAUAAUGAUGACUUGACUGAAGAUCCGCCCAAAGAUGAUUGUUUCUGCCACGACAUGGACUGUGUCCUGGAUCGCCCCGAGAAAUGUUACAAAGACAUCGAAUUUUAAAGAAUGGAUAAAAUAUUUUAACCUAUUUACUUACUUUUAAUAUCAUUAAUUUGUUUUUAAAUAUUUAGUUACACGGAUUAAA